AGGAGAGAUGGACUACGGAAGCCCGGUCACUCAUCCGCUUGACCACUCAGUUUAUGGUGCCUCCAUCGUGUGCGACGCAAGCUCAGGGUUUGAGGUUCGAACCCACGGCAGUGCAGCCGCCUGUUUGUGGAUAUCUACCACUGCACUAAGCUUUGAAAAUGCGGAAAACACGUGCGUAGGUACCAGCCAGACUUUGACUGGGACCACUGCGUGGAGAUGUUUCCUUGGAGUCUGAAGGCCAACAACUAUAACUGCUCCGUACCCAGGAAAUUUGUCUGUGAACGUAAAUAAAGUUGACAAAGUGUGGAAAGGGGUAGGUGGGGUGGUGGGAGAGGAAAUGGGAGGAGGGAGGAGAGUAGGAAGAAGAGGGGGGAU